CCCUAUACUUUCACUAAAAUCACAGUUUUUUUACAUUUCCUUUAUUAAUUUUUAUUACAAAUCAUAUAUUUUCACAAUUUAAAGCAAUUAAAACACGUAAACACAUUUCCUAUCGAAAAAUGGAAUAUUAAGAUAACUGAUUAAUCUCACAUUCUCUUUUAUCCUCCUAUUCGGCUUCGCUACUUUUUACUCACAAAUGUCAUCGCCGUCGGGAAUGCGCAAUCUUGUAUUCUACCAUUCUUGCAGAAUAUGUAGUAACAAUAUUUUAUUUAUCUAAAUAAAAAAAAAAAAUAACGGAAACAAAUGAAGAAUAUUUUCCUACAUAAGUCACUCAAAUUAAUUCAAUAAAGCAGCUCAUAAAAUAGGACUUUCAGCGGUCCACCAUUUUGUGAUUUUACCUAACCUUAAAGUUGCACAUUUUGACUCAAUUCAUCAGUUUCAUCUUCUAUUACCGUUUUUUGACCCAAACUGAAAUUGCUGGGCGGUUUCGAAAUGCGGUAGUACUCAAGUGACUCUCACAACUGAGUUAUUUUAUAUUUUUAUUUUCCCACAAAUGAAUAUAUAUGUACAUACGUAUGUAUUUUCAUUCGAAAUCUCAAGCGCAUUUGACUCUUCCAGUUUUUCAACCGCACGCAAACAAUGCAACGCAUUCACACCGUCACUUUUGUGCCCAAGUACUGCAAUGGUAAAUGGGUGUGGAACAAAAAUCUGGAGCGCAUUGAGUUCGAAGACACCAAAGAUGCCGAAUUGGUGAAGGAGGACUAUGUAAACACGUGUGGCUUUAAUUUCAGCAAGACUGUCAAUCAACUGGAGGAACUGAUAUUUCGUCAGGAGUUUCAGCGCUCCGAUCUCACACACGACGCCGACGUCAUACUUGUGCAGGACAUAAAAAACGUCGUGCUCUUCCUGGCGCCGUCCGAAAUCAUCACCAAGGAUUUCAUAUAUUUUCUGCACACCUUCACCGUCGAUCGUUUUCUGCGCGCACUCAUCAUCUACUUCGAGUACUAUCUGAAAAUGGUGGAGUUUGUACUGAUACGACGGGAUGAGAUUACCGGCGACAAGGCGCAAAUACAAAGCGAAGACACCAACGAAAUCAAGCGCAUAUACUCGGAAUAUCUCACUCAGCAUCGCCUGCUGCUGGCACGUGAAUAUAGCACCAUAAUAAUGGGCGAGGGCGAGAUGAAACGCUUCUACCACAUCACGCCAAUCGUUAACAUCUCGCAGUCUAUAAAAGAUAAGCGCUUUUACGAAACUUUCUUGGCAUUCUCAACGCAAGUGGUGUGGAUUGCCAUGCAUCGUCGCGCCUAUGACUACAUCGAUUUGGAAAUGUAUCGGCUCUUUCGCUCGGAGCACUUCAAACUGAAGCGAUAUGCGCACAUUAACUUCACCCAAGCCGAGGCCAACAUGCUCUACGGCAAGAACUAUAAGCGUCGCAAUUACCGCACACAAAACUCGCCACUGAUACAGGAAUUGGCAAAUGUGGCAACGGAAAAUUUGCCUAUAUUGUGGAUUGGUGAACGGAAGUAUCGCGGCACUGAUCUGCGCGUUCACCAGCUGGAGCUGGAGUACAUUGUGCCCGAUAGUCAGCUGAUCUUGAUCGACACAUGUCACGGCAUACUCGGGCAUCCGAAGAAAAUCUACGACACCAUUUUGAACAUGAACUGGGAAGCGGUGCGUUUUCAAAACUACUCGGAAACCUAUGAUCCAUAUCAAAUAAAGCGCCAGCCCGCACUGAAGGUACCCAGCAUCGAUGCGGAAAAAAUGCGCAAGUACGCACAGGAAUUCGACACUUACUACCAUGUGCGCAUGCAGUAUGAGCGCGUGAGCAAGGCGGUGAUAGAUAAGUGGUGUCGACGAGAUGAGGUCAUUGAGUACUUCUCCGCAGAGGACAUGAUAACCAAUAUUGUAACAAAAUGCGAGCGGGAACUGCAACGCGAUUCGUAUGGCCCUAGUGUGCAAGAGAUAACGGACAAGUUUUUGGAACGCAAGAAAUUACUGCGAAAGCAAUAAUAGAAGGUGGAAGCACAGAAAAAAAAAACAUAAAAGAGAGGAAGGGAUGAAAAAGCAGUAGACAAGGGCAUGCUGUUUCUGGAUACAUUUUCAAAAAUGCAGAUAUGAAAGAUAGAGUUUAGUAGGUAUUUUUUUAUGGAACAGCUUAUACAAAUUUGAGGAAUAUAUUUUUUUAAAAACCUUGUUGGAAAAUUAGAAAAAAAUGUGCAUCAAAAAUCGAAAAUAAAUGCGACCGGAUACUGGCUCUUAAGGCUCAUAAGUUUUAUUUAAGAAAAUUUGUUUCAUUCCUAUUUUUCUGGUACAAGAAAUGCGUUUGAUUGACUCUAGAUACUAGAGACUCUUGCAGACUUCAACCUUCACAUGUGUCCUACGAUGCCGACGAGCACCAUAUUAAACAUGAGAUAAUGGUCCUAAAUGAUUUCUAAGAAGGCACCUACUCUACUCAAUACAGCUAUCUGAUUGGUGUAGUUUUCUCUAGUGGAUUCUACAAGACGCGGACUCCAUAAAACUUUUUAGACUAGACUAUGAUUUCAUGCCCCAUUUCCUACCAAUUACCUACCCCUCCUGCAACAGCGGAGAGCUCCUAAUACCUUCUCUACUCCCUCGCCCGCUUCCACGACAUCUUGAGGAAAUAUACAAAGCUUUUUAAAAACUCCAUAGAUAGAUAUUAAAACGAGGAGUGCAUCGCGACAUAGUGAUGUAUUGUGCCCUCUAUUCUUCACAAUACUUAUUCUAAACCUAGCUCUCUCUGAAAGCUCAACAGCGCUAUUGGGCGUCUUCUGUAGAGAGAAUCACACUCGACAAGAAUAUGUAGCGGUGUCUCACUGGUCAAGUCGCAGCACCGACAAAGAUCAAGAGACCAUAUUCCUAGCUUAUACAGAUGCCCUCUUGGUCAGCCGUGUUUUGUAAGGGUGCCUUUUAGUAUUGUAAGCUUCUCUUUUGGGCGGAAUUGGUAAUCUUCCUGUUGUACCUUCCCAGUAAACUCUUUACUUGACGCAAUCCUUCCGAGUUAUGCCAGUUCAGAUUCUUAGACGUGUUCCUCUCCUUCCUGAGCUCCCCCUUAAUAGUAUUGGGACAAGAAAGGUCUAAGGGCCCUAUUGUAGACACGGCUGCGGCCUCUCUUGCGAGACAGUUCACUUAUUGUUCUUAGUCCUUAGUCAAGAAAAAUGUUCGGUAGGGUUGCCAGUUUUUUUCGCACUGAAUGGGAUUCAAAUAAGAGUAAUAAAAACUCACGCAUACAUCUACAACUUUUACCCCAAUAUUUUUUUCUUUGUUCGUGCAAAUCGUUCUACGGUAAUAAAAUAUGUAUUUUUUUUUUAGAAAAUUUAUGGAAACUCGCAAGUAUGAAUAAAAUUUUCUCCAUAUAAGCGCGCUGUUCCAAAAAAUGCGCUAUGGAAUGUCUUAAAAAAAUGAAUUUAAAUAUCCUAUAUUGUUCUCUUUAAUUCUUGAAAUUCGAGGUUUAGAAUUUGUUUUUUUUUUUUAAUACAA